AUGUCAGCUACACCGGAGACAUCGGCCGGCUUGCCCAUCCCGGACGAGCCCAUCUCCAGAACUGAAUCCGCACCGCUGCUGGGCGACCCGGGCGACGUGCUUCAGCGAUCGGGCGAAAGUCUUGUCCCAAAUCUGUACACAGGAACCGCCUGGCUGGCUCAGGCCGGCAUCCUGCUGCUGGUCGCUCUCGUCUGGGCCGCCGUCUUCCGUCAUCCACUCCUGCCACUCUUCUCGCCGCACCCGCUCCUGCAGUCGCUCGGCAUCUUCGUCCUCGUCCAGGCCAUCCUCGUGCUGCAGCCCACGGCCGCGCCCACCGACAAGGUGCGCGGCGCCCGCGUCCACGGCGCCCUCCAGCUGCUGUCGCUCGUCCUCUUCGCCGCCGGCAUCAGCCUCAUCGAGGCCAACAAGAUCCGCUCGCACGGCGUCCACCUGCACUCGGCGCACGGCGUCCUCGGCGUGAUCACGGCCGUCGUCCUGCUGGGCCAGUAUGUCUUUGGCUUCCUGAUCUGGGCCGCGCCCGUGGGCCUCUUUGGCCGCGUCGAUCGCGCCAAGGCGCUGUACAAGCAGCACCGCUGGACCGGCUACGCCGUGCUGCUGCCACUGCUGCUGGCCACGGCGCUCACGGCCACGGCCACAGACUACAACGUCAACGUGCUCGACAUCCGCACCUGGGCCGUGCUGGUGGCGGCCGUGCUGAUCGUCGUCGGCGUGUACCCGCGCAUCCACGGCCGCAAGCUGGGCCUCUGGAACUAG